GGUCGUAUAUUUCUAAUGUUCCUCUCUCCAGCCAUCAUCGGUAACUCCCAGGAGGCCUAUAAGGAUGCGUUUGAGAUCAGCAAGAAGGACAUGCAACCCACCCACCCGAUUCGCCUGGGUCUGGCUCUCAACUUCUCUGUCUUCUACUACGAGAUCCUCAACUCCCCCGAGCAGGCCUGCAAACUGGCCAAGACGGCUUUCGACGACGCUAUUGCAGAGCUUGAUUCUCUGAGUGAAGACUCCUACAAAGACAGCACCUUGAUCAUGCAGCUACUGAGAGACAACUUGACACUGUGGACCUCAGACAACCAGGGAGAUGGGGAGGAUGCUGAGGAGGGUAGAGACUGACCUGGUUCCUGUUCCCUGGUCUGUCUGUCUGACUGACUGUCAUCAUCCUCUAUCAACACUGAGACAGACAGACUGACCACCUCAUCCUGCCCAACGCUUCUCUUUAGUUCUGUCUGUCACGUCGUCUCACACCUCCAUACGUUUACUCUUCUUUCGGGAAUCAUUGUGGGGGGUGGGGGGGGGUUGCUUUCCAGGACUUGGUUGUGGGAGGGGUUUCGUUCCAGGACUUGGUUGUGGGAGGGGUUUUGGGACGUAUAUUAUGGUAUGUUGGGGUGAGGGACUUGUCUACUGAGCGUAUAAUUAUUUGUGGGCGGAGCAACAGGGUGUUACAUGUAGGUUGACGGGGGAGGGAAGUUCUCAACUCAUGCAAUGUGGCGAGUUCAGGUUGUGAAUUAACCUGGUCUAGUCCUCUACCUGGGUUCAGGUUGGGAAUUAACCUGGUCUAGUCCUCUACCUGGGUUCAGGUUGUGAAUUAACCUGGUCUAGUCCUCUACCUGGGUUCAGGUUGGGAAUUAACCUGGUCUAGUCCUCUACCUGGGUUCAGGUUGGGAAUUAACCUGGUCUAGUCCUCUACCUGGGUUCAGGUUGUGAAUUAACCUGGUCUAGUCCUCUACCUGGGUUCAGGUUGGGAAUUAACCUGGUCUAGUCCUCUACCUGGGUUCAGGUUGGGAAUUAACCUGGUCUAGUCCUCUACCUGGGUUCAGGUUGGGAAUUAACCUGGUCUAGUCCUCUACCUGGGUUCAGGUUGGGAAUUAACCUGGUCUAGUCCUCUACCUGGGUUCAGGUUGGGAAUUAACCUGGUCUAGUCCUCUACCUGGGUUCAGGUUGGGAAUUAACCUGGUCUAGUCCUCUACCUGGGUUCAGGUUGGGAAUUAACCUGGUCUAGUCCUCUACCUGGGUUCAGGUUGGGAAUUAACCUGGUCUAGUCCUCUACCUGGGUUCAGGUUGGGAAUUAACCUGGUCUAGUCCUCUACCUGGGUUCAGGUUGGGAAUUAACCUGGUCUCGUCCUCUACCUGGGUUCAGGUUGGGAAUUAACCUGGUCUAGUCCUCUACCUGGGUUCAGGUUGGGAAUUAACCUGGUCUAGUCCUCUACCUGGGUUCAGGUUGGGAAUUAACCUGGUCUCGUCCUCUACCUGGGUUCAGGUUGGGAAUUAACCUGGUCUAGUCCUCUACCUGGGUUCAGGUUGUGAAUUAACCUGGUCUAGUCCUCUACCUGGGUUCAGGUUGGGAAUUAACCUGGUCUAGUCCUCUAUCUGGGUUCAGGUUGUGAAUUAACCUGGUCUAGUCCUCUACCUGGGUUCAGGUUGGGAAUUAACCUGGUCUAGUCCUCUACCUGGGUUCAGGUUGGGAAUUAACCUGGUCUAGUCCUCUACCUGGGUUCAGGUUGUGAAUUAACCUGGUCUAGUCCUCUACCUGGGUUCAGGUUGUGAAUUAACCUGGUCUAGUCCUCUACCUGGGUUCAGGUUGGGAAUUAACCUGGUCUAGUCCUCUACCUGGGUUCAGGUUGGGAAUUAACCUGGUCUAGUCCUCUACCUGGGUUCAGGUUGUGAAUUAACCUGGUCUAGUCCUCUACCUGGGUUCAGGUUGGGAAUUAACCUGGUCUAGUCCUCUACCUGGGUUCAGGUUGUGAAUUAACCUGGUCUAGUCCUCUACCUGGGCUCAGGUUGGGAAUUAACCUGGUCUAGUCCUCUACCUGGGUUCAGGUUGGGAAUUAACCUGGUCUAGUCCUCUACCUGGGUUCAGGUUGUGAAUUAACCUGGUCUCGUCCUCUACCUGUCUACAUGGUAAAGAUCUUGUGCUUGACAACAUUGCUUGAUUCAUUUGUGGUUGGACAUCAGUCUCUCCUGAUUGGAGGAGGCAGCAGCGAGCGGUUUUAGUCUGUAGCCAGGCGACUGACGGCAGGAGCAUUAGGGGAUCGUCCCGAUGGCGUCUUAUCCAUGGUGGGUUGGCGUGGUCAUUGUGCUGCUCCCCAAAUGCCACCCCAUUCCCUGUUAAGUACACUACUUUUAGACCAGAACCCUAUGGACCUUGGUCAAACACUCUGUGCACUAUGAAGGGAGUAGGGCUCCAGCUGAGAGGGAAACCUUGGAUAGUGAUGUUACAUUCCAUUAAACUGUCACUGUUCUGCUCCAGCUUCUUCUUCUUCGGUUUCACUGACCUGCUCACGUCAUUUUGUAUUUCUGUGUCAAGUAGGAGGUUUGGGAAAAGUCUAGAACAAAGAGGACUCCUAGUACUUUAAACCAGCAGAGCAAGGAAGAAUUUCCCCUCGUUGCUUCAUCUAGUCGCUGCUUCUUCUUUCCCCAGUUAGGUUUUUAUUUUCAUUUUUUAUUUUGAUCUUUGUGGUUAAGAACUGCUUCACGGGGAGAAAGGGGAGGUUGUUGUUGGGCUGGUUGUCUUUGUCCACGUCUUUUUGGAAAUUUUCAUACGAAACACCCAAGCAUAACUGUUAUCUGGAGGGGAAAUGUUAUUUCAUGUAUGUGGAAUUAAAAAGAUAAUUUAAAAGUU